AUGGAAACAUUGGUAGCAUCUGGCACCGCAUCUUCACAUUGUCAAGGUACAUUUAUAGCUGGCCUGUCGAUAUUAUGCUGCUCUCGUCUUCGGCAUAAAAAUGGCACCAAGUCGAAUGUUGUAUGGGUGAAUUCUUAUGUGGCCUUGUUACAGUUUUUGACAACUUUUCUAUUUUUAUUGGGUUGGAUUUGGAGCAUUAUGUGGGGAGUGGCAUUUCUCUCCGUUUCAGAGUACUACAAACACAAAGACCCUGAACACGACAAGAAGGAUCACAAUCAUCAUCAUCAUCAUCACCAUAAUGAGCAUCACCAUCAUCACGGUAAUCAUCAACAGCAUCACCUCAGCAAAAUAUCCUCCAUUCCAGAAGAUAGCCAUACUGACUUGGUCGAUACCGAUACCAGUAAUAUACAUAGUAACGGUACGAACAGUAGUAGUACGCCACAUGCGUAUAAUCAUACUCACGAAUUGUACGUAGCACCAGCCCCGCCUGCAAACCAAACUCAGCCUAUGAUAGUUUUACAACAUCCACCUGUCAAUCAUUCCGAUAAAACCAAGAAUGCCGAUCCCCUUCUUGUCGCUCGCACACGGCACCAAAAGAUCAUUCAGAGACAAAUGUCGGAUAACCAGUUAUCUCCCUUUAAUUUGACCCACCAACAUCUGGAAGCCAUUGUGAUCCACGAUGCCCCGAUACCCCGGCUUCAGAGAACAGAGACAAUCGACAGUACUAAUUCAUCUACUGCUGCUGAAUCUAAUGGUGUUGCUGUGUCUACGUGA